AUGUCCGUUGUUGGUGUCUCUUCCUAUUUUCUCUGGACCCAAAAGGGGAAUACCGUGCUGCCGUUGGUUCGCGGUAGCGGGUUUCUGGUUCCCUUUCAGAAACUUAACGGUUUUUAUAAGUACCAUGUGCUGAGCGCGGCGCAUGUAACUUGCCCCGUUAGAUACCGGCAGGUGUACGGCAAUACGGUUGGGCUGCGGGCAAUCGGGGAGCGACACGUAAGCACGCGACUGUUGAAACUGGGCGCCGGUCCCGCGCUGGAAGCAUCGAUUGAUAUGGAGUUUACACAGAAUUAUCUUCCUAACGUGGAUGUAUCGUCCCUCAGAUGCAAGGACGAGAAGCAGAUGAACGAACUGGGUCUAGAGGCAGUUAAGCUGGACAUGGAUCCAAUUGAAGACGGGACGGAGCUCAUAUUCCGGGGAGUAGAAGCGUCGGAGGAGAGGAGCAAUCCCAACGAUGACGGCCUUCGUCUCUCAGAGGUUUCCAUUCCUGGGGAAUGCAAGGCAGCAUUUGUGUCAACUGAUUACGGUACAGUGGUUCUUGCUUCUUUAAAGUCAGCGCUCUCGCUUAGUAUGUGUGGCGGGCCUGUCAUACGCAAAUCCAGUGGUGGUUGUGUUGGUGUGAUCGUUGCGAAGGCGAUGUGUAGUGCUCCCCCGCGUGAUCCGCAUGUGCGUUCACUCUACGAGGACCCAUGGUUGGAUUUGUCGGAGCACAAGGAUCUUCGGGGGUUGGGGGAACUGAGCGCGGCCUUUGUUCCUGUAUGUGAAUUUUACGGCCCGCUCCGGCGGUGUGAAAUGUGA